UGAACUGAACUGGGCUGGGGCAUUAAAAAAAAAAAAGAGAGCCGCGGUUGUAACGUGUUCAGACGGAGCCACGGGACUCCUCGCCUCUUACUUUAGUGUAACAUUUAAGAUUAAAUGUCGGUAUUGAAAAGGUAACGGUAUCUCGACGCAGUGAAAAAACGUGACGUAAUCGUCCAGAAAGCUGAAACAAAGCGGACCCUAGUUACAGCUCGAGCUCGCCUUGGCAACCAUUUCUUUUUGCUCUCAAGAGGAGACUUUGUGGGGACCAAUGUUACUCUGAAACAACAGAAACGACAGUGUAACAUCACAUUAAGAUGGAUUUUCGGUUACUUUUAAUAGCGACCUUAUCAGCGGUCCUUGGCGGCAGCUGGGCUCAGCAAGAGGGGAGCAUAUGCAUCAAGGCAAACGCGCAGUCAUGUGGGGAAUGCAUCCAGGUCGCCGAGACGUGUGGAUGGUGCACGGACGAAAAAUUUCUCACCACCGGUGAGUCCAAGUCGGCUCGCUGUGACGAUCUGGAGUCCCUAAAGAAGAGAAACUGCGCCAAAAUUGAGAACCCACGUGGAAGCAUCAAGAUCAACAAAGACAAACCCGUCACCAACCGCAACAAGGACGUGACAGAGAAACUGAAGCCUGAGCAGAUCACUCAGAUCCAGCCACAGAAACUCACCCUGACACUCAGAUCUGGUGAGGCGCAGACUUUUGACCUGAAGUUCAAGCGAGCCGAGGAUUACCCCAUCGACCUGUACUACCUUAUGGACCUCUCCUUCUCCAUGAAAGAUGAUUUGGAAAACGUGAAGAACCUCGGCACUGACCUCAUGAGGGAGAUGCAGGAGAUCACCUCAGAUUUCAGGAUUGGUUUCGGCUCAUUCGUGGAAAAGACCGUCAUGCCCUACAUCAGCACCACGCCCGCCAGGCUCAUCAACCCCUGCACGGGGAACCAGAACUGCACCAGCCCCUUCAGCUACAAGAACGUCCUGAAGCUGACGGACAAAGGGGACGAGUUUAACCGUUUGGUCAGUCAGCAGCAGAUCUCAGGAAACCUGGACUCUCCAGAGGGGGGCUUUGACGCCCUCAUGCAGGUGGCAGUCUGUGAGGAACAAAUCGGCUGGAGGAAUGUGACUCGCCUGCUGGUGUUCUCCACCGAUGCUGGUUUCCACUUUGCUGGUGACGGCAAACUGGGCGGCAUCGUCCUGCCAAACGAUGGGAGGUGUCACCUGGAGAACAACAUCUACACCAUGAGCCACUACUAUGACUACCCCUCCAUCGCCCAUCUGGUUCAGAAACUGAGUGACCACAACAUCCAGACCAUCUUUGCUGUCACGGAGGAAUUCCAGCCUGUUUACAAGGAGUUGAAAAAUCUUAUUCCAAAAUCAGCUGUGGGAACGCUGUCGUCCAACUCCAGCAACGUCAUCAAACUCAUUAUUGAUGCUUACAAUUCUUUGUCGUCGGAGGUCAUUCUGGAAAACGGCCGGCUGCCUGAGGGAGUUUCCAUCACCUACAAGUCAAUCUGCAAGAACGGUGUGGAGGGAACAGGCGACAAAGGCAGACAGUGCCACAAUAUAUCCAUCGGAGACGAGGUGACUUUCAAGAUUUCCAUUGAAUCCCAGAAGUGUCCAGCACUUGGAAAGAGUGAGACCAUAAAAAUUAAACCUCUGGGCUUCACAGAGGAGGUGGAGGUCGUUCUGAACUUCAUCUGUGACUGUGACUGCGCCAAAGAGGGAGAGCCCCAAAGUGACCAGUGCCACGAGGGCAACGGGACCUUCGAGUGUGGAGCCUGCAAGUGCAACGAGGGACGUAUUGGGCGUCUCUGCGAGUGCAGCAAAGACGAAGUGAGGACCGAGGACCUGGACGCCAACUGCAGAAAAGACAACGGUACGGAUAUCUGCAGCAACAACGGAGACUGCGUCUGCGGUACAUGUGAAUGCAAGAAGCGGGACAACCCAGCGGAGAUCUACAGCGGAAAAUACUGUGAAUGUGACAACUUCAACUGUGACCGCUCCAACAACAAGCUGUGUGGAGGACAUGGACGCUGUGAUUGCAGAAAGUGCAUCUGUGACGCCAACUACACGGGCAGUGCCUGCGACUGCUCCCUGGAGACCUCCACCUGCCUCGCCAAGAACGGACAGAUCUGUAACGGCCGCGGCUCUUGUGACUGUGGAAUCUGCAAAUGCAGUAACCCCAAAUUCCAGGGUCCAACCUGCGAGAUCUGUCCCACCUGCCCCGGUGUAUGUGCAGAGCACAAGGAUUGUGUGCAGUGCCGAGCGUUUGUGGAAGGCGAGAAGAAGGAGACGUGUAAGCGGGACUGCAGCUACUUCGAGCUGUUUAAGGUGAAGGAUCGCAACAAUCUGCCACAGCCCACAGACCAGAGCUUCCCACUGACUCACUGCAAAGAGCGAGACGCCAACGACUGCUGGUUCUACUACACCUACGCUAUCAGGAACGACACCAAGGAGGUCUAUGUGAUGGAAGAACUGGAGUGCCCGGCAGGACCUGACAUCAUCCCCAUCGUGGCCGGUGUCGUCGCUGGCAUCGUGCUGAUCGGCCUCGCUCUGCUGCUCAUCUGGAAGCUGCUCAUGAUCAUCCACGACCGCAGAGAGUUCGCCAAGUUUGAGAAGGAAAAGAUGAACGCCAAGUGGGACACGCAAGGGAACCCCAUUUACAAGAGUCCUAUAAACCAGUUCCAGAAUCCCAGCUACGGGGAUAAAGACGCUGCUCUUUAGGGCGAGAAUCCGAUCUACAAAAGUGCCGUGACCACCGUCGUCAACCCAAAGUACGAGGGCAAAUGAUGGAGCUCUGCCUUUUUGUGACAACACUGUAUGGAGAAAGAACACGGGCGGGGAUGAAGGGAGGGAGGGGCGGGUUUUUUAAUGCUCUCACUGUUUGUCUGUGUGUUGUUGUAGUCACCAAAUGAUAGCAAAGCAUUUUGCCACUAUUUCAUUUUUUUUUUUUUUACUAACUUGUUUUUAUUUUCUAUGCAUCUUUUUGAAAUGUGUACAGUCUGUAUAAAUGUUGGGUUUUUAUUUGAUUGUCUUUCUUUUUAUUUUCUUGAGAAUGUGUUGAUUUGUGGGUUUUUCUGCAACAGGACCGGCAAGGUCUAAAUGAUGACCGCCUCGCUGUGCCUUUUUUUUAAAAACCAUCAAGCCAUCAGUGUUUUAUUGAGGGAUGAAGCGGAUGUUAAUAAUGGGCAACAACAAGCGAGAGUUCCUUUCCAAAUAACCAUGUACACAACGCUGAGUGUGUAGUGAUCCAUCAUUCAAAAACACAAGAGAGUCCUACGAUUUGUUUGCUGCCCGAGCAAAGGUCUCAUCAGGUCUCUAAUCAUGUUUUCUGAGUAGUUGUCACUCUGUGUAAAUGUUUCCUUGGAUUGAAACUCUCCAAAUGUAGCGCCAGUUGUGUUGGUAGCAAUGAAAUGUGUACAGUGUGUAUUGGUUUCUGUGUUAAGCCAUAUUUGUAUUCACAGAGCAGGAUUCAAGGCGUAUGUAUGUAGUGUUUUUUUUUUUUUUGUCUGAGUGACUUCUAAUCCAUCUGAACAAUCAUUUCUGAUGUUUCUUCUUGUCUGGAAAAGAUCUUUUCUAAAGUAAAGGACAUCAGUGUACAGUGAGUGUUACUGUCUGGCUCCAGGGUUUACUCGCUUAAUUUAAAAGCCAACUCAGGUCCUUCAUUCUUCACAGCGAAGCCAAAUACUCGCAAACCUGCCUUAUCGCUGACUAAAUGAGCUUUGAUUGAAAUGCCUUGUUUCAUUUGUUGGAUGUCAUCUGGGGGAAGGGUCCUACUCUUUUUUUUACGUCGGUAACUCCACCCAACUCUUUUGUGGUGCUUUGACCAAACAUUUUCUAAUG